GCGCCGCCGGGCCUGGCCAAGCCCGCGCCCGCGGCCAAGCCCGCGCCGCCCAGGCCGCCGCCCAAGGCGCCGAGCCCGCGGCCCGAGAACCCGGGCCCCAACGGCCCGCGGGCGACCGGCACGGUCAAGACCAAGAAGGAGGGCGUGCACAAGUGGAAGAACAAGGGCGACAAGUACGUCAGCGGCUUCAUCGCUCCCGACGACGGCUCCGAGGACAUCUUCUUCAUGUCUCGAGGUGAUGAUGGCCUUCUACUAGAAGUCGGCCAGCGCGUGAGCUACGUCCAGGAGACGAACGCCAGGGGCCCCAUCGCCCACUACGCCAAGCCGAUCGAGGACGACGCCGCGGCGCCCGCGCCGGCCGACUUCCCCGCUUUGUCGAAGCCGGGGCCCUGGGGCACGGCUACUUCUCCGAAGGCGGCGCCCCCGAAGCCGCCUGUACAACCGGUGAAGAAGCCCAAGCUGCGCGGCACGGUCACGGCGGUCAGACCGCGCGAGGCGCCGUCGUACGGCUUCGUGCGGCCGGACGCGGGCGGCGACGACGUCUUCGUGGCGUUCGUGGACGUCGAGAGCGCGCCGGGCAAGUUGGCGGAAGGCGACCGCGUCGACUACGAAUUGGUGCCGAACGCGGGCGCCCGCAAGUCGAACCGGACGUCGGGCGACCCGAAGUACGCCGUCAAGUGCGGCCACGUCGUCGUCCUGCCCAAGGGCGCGCCGAAACUCGGCGCGCCCAAGGCGUCCGCAGGGCCGGCGCACCUGCGCCGCGCGCCGCCGCCUCCCUCCGUCGGCAAGAUUUUGAGGGAUAAGGCCACGGGCCAGCUGCUCGCGCCGGCGCAGCAGGAGCGCGCGCAGCUCCAGGCCGCCAUGCAGGCGUCGGCGCGCGAGUACGAGGCCGACCAGCUGCGCCAGGCCCAACGCCUGUCCAUCGGCGACCGGCGGCGCCAGGGCUCGCCGCGCGCGCCUUCUGUUCAGGAUGUGGACGAGGACCAGCUCGCCGCCGAGUUGGAAUCUUUACGUGAGAAGCACGACCGCGAGCUCGCGAAUUUACGGACGUCGCACAACCGCGAGAUGGGCCAGCUCCAGGACCGCCACGCGGCUUUGAGGGACCCCGUCGGCGCUUUACUCUCAACUACGGGUUGCGGCCAGUACCGCCAGAAGUUCGCCGAGCAGGACAUUGUGUCAAAAGCGGACUUCGACAUGCUGCGCAUGGAGGACCUGUUGGAGGUCGGGCUCGAGCAGCGCGAGGCCGACGCGCUGGCCGCGGCGCUCGGCAUUUGA